GUUUGUAUGUGAUAAAAACAACUACGUUUUUCUUUCUACAACCCGCUCAUCAAUAUUUGUAUUGUUUAUCUAUCGAUGUCAUGAUGACGCCACUUUUGCGAGAUUCGAAUGUUUUUUUUUCUUGAGCUAUUCAAAGUUUCAUAGAAGAAAACACAACAACCAGUAAUAUAUCAUUUUUUAAAAGUGCAAUUGAUUUGAUUCGAUUUUUCUUCAUUUUUGUCAUAUUCUAUCGUCGUUGUAAUCAAAACAAAACAUAAAACGAUGAUUGAUUUUAGGUUUUUUGUUUUCUUCAUAGCAUUGGCAAUGGCCAAUAGGCAACAUUCAUUGUCAACAACAACACCAUCAUCAUCAUCACCGCCAUCACCAACACCCUCAUCAAUAUCGAAUAUUGUGCAGGAUACAAUCAUUCAAGUGGAUGAUAAUCUUACAAAAUUAUUCAACGAUUCUGUACAAAAAUUUACUAAAGAAUUCGACGACGAUAAAAUAAUGCCAACAAAUCCAUCAUUGAAUUUUUCAUUUUUACAUCUGAAGAUGCCCGAUCCAUGGGAUAUUGAAACAAUUAAGCCAAAAAUCGUAUUCUACAAACGUGGUCAACCAGAAUUUGAAGUCGAUCAUUUCGCUAAUGCUAAACAAACGGCCCUUUCGCUGAAUAAAUUAGGUUUUCUCGACACUGAACGGCUAAUAUUGAUUACACAUGGUUUUCAUAAUAAUUUCAAUACUGAUUGGUUACAUGAUUAUAAGGAACGAAUAUUCAAUGUAAGUGCACAACGUAAAGUAGCACAAACAGUGGCAAUUUUAGGCUGGGGUGGUGGUGCAGAUAUUCUCGUGUUCCGUUAUCGACAAGCAGCUGCAAAUGUAUUGACUGUUGGUGAAUGGCUAUCACAGUAUAUCAAGACAAUUAAAGAUGUUAAACCCGAUACAAUCAUCUAUGGUAUUGGUCAUAGUUUAGGUGCACAUGUUAUGGGUGUUGCUGGUCGUAUAUCAAAAGGAUUUGAAAGAAUUACAGGUUUGGAUCCUGCUGGACCAUGUUUUGAAAAAGUAGAAAAUUCACAAACACUUCGUGCUUCGGAUGCUGGAUUUGUUGAUGUCAUUCAUACGGAUGGUUAUGAUUCUAAAUUGGAUCCAUCUGAAUGGUUUUUCCCUGUAAAUCAUUAUGGUAGCCUAGUACCAAUUGCAUCGUUGGAUUUUUACCCGAAUUAUGGUUAUCAUCAACCUGGUGCCGGUACAUUUACCGUUGCUGGUAGUCAUCUUCGUUCAUUAGAAUUAUUCGAAUGGUCAAUUACAAAUCCGAAUAAAUUUCUAACUAAACAGGUGCUAAGCUCUACGCCUGAUUUCGAUGAACCAGUUAAUUCAAAUGAACCAACCAAAUAUACAGCUGAAAUGGGAUACUAUGCUGAUCGUUGGCAAUUACCACCAAUUAAUGCCAGUACAUUGUAUUAUAUCGAGACAAAUAAACAAGAACCGUGGGUAUAAGAAUUUUAUUAUCCCAUCAAUGAGAGAAAAAACACCAUGUCCAGCUAUCUAUAUUUAUAUCAAUUAUGUUAUAUCAUUCUAGGAUCUUUGAAAAAAUUUAAUUUAAAAUAAAAUUUAUACGUUGAAAGUAUAUUUGACAUGUA